GUCCUCAACCAGCACUGCAAAGGUAUCACCACAACCAGAGCAAAAUGGGAAAGAUCAUCUUCUACGAGGAAAGGAACUUUGGAGGUCGCCACUACGAGUGCAUGAAUGACUGUACUGACCUCAGCUCCUACUUCAGCCGCUGCAACUCCUGCAGAGUGUCGAGCGGCUGCUUCAUGCUGUAUGAGCACUCCAACUACAUGGGCCACCAGUACUUCCUGAGCCGUGGGGAAUACCCCGACUACCACCGCUGGAUGGGCAUGUCUGACAGUAUCCGCUCCUGCCGCAUGAUCCCCAUGAUGAGGGGGUCCCACAGAAUGCGAUUCUAUGAAAGGAUGGAGUUUGGAGGCCAGAUGAUGGAGCUGAUGGACGACUGCCCCAACUUCAUGGACCGCUUCCACAUGUCCGACAUCCAGUCCUGUAAUGUGAUGGAAGGCCACUGGCUGUUCUAUGACCAGCCCCACUACAGAGGCCGGAUGUACUACAUGAGGCCUGGAGAGUACCGGAGGUACGGUGACUGGGGCGGGAUGAGCUCCAGGAUCGGGUCCGUCAGGCGCAUCAUGGAUUACUGAAUGCCUUUCUUCUCCUCUCUGUCUUUUCAAAGCCUAACCGAAUCUGGGAAAUCAUUGAGCUUACCUUUUGAAUGAUUGCAGCCUAUAAAAAUUCAUUUGUGUUGCAAUACAAAGGUUUGAAAUAAAUUUAAUGAAUUGGAGAAAAGCACAAA